UCCGCUCAGGUCAUUGGCCAUCAGGCGCUCAAUACUGAGAACAUAGACAGGGAACUCUUUUAAAACUGUUUGAUAAGGAACAUGCAUCUGUGGUCAAUAUAACCACAUCAACCUGUUUCAUCCGUGGAUAUUAGUUGGAGAGGAGAAGGAGACGAGGGACAUACAUUUUUCUUAUUUAUUUAUUUAUUAUUAGUUUUGUCUGAGUAAAUAUAGGGUAUAGUCCACUUGAAGAGUUUGGGAACUCUGUUUUAAAUUACUAAAAUGUCAAGGUGCUGGUGACUCUGCUAUACUUGCUGCUCCUCCAUGCCAUGGGCCUGGCACCACUGAAGCCCUACUCUUUGUCUCUGGGUGAACGCCUGCUGGUGCCUUCUGUCUGUGGCAGUGCCCAAACUGUGCUGGGUGUGUGGGCAGAGGCCAGUGCCCACUCCGGCAUGUACGCCCUCACCAUGCGCCUGCUGCCCCUGCUCUGUGUGGGCUGGAGUCACGGCCUGCGGCUGGCAGUACCGCCAUCAGUCCACCUAACAGGCCUUAUCACGGUCAUCACUUUCACCUCUGUCACUAUCACAGUGUCUCAGGGUCUCCCGUCAGUGGAGGUUCUGGAGUGUCUCUACGCCCCGCUGGCCCUCCUUCUCCACAGCCUUUCUCUGACCUGGCUGGCCAAGGUGGCUGAGACCGAGCACCGGCACCAGAGCAGCUCACAUACCUCGCCUUUUGACCUGUACUUCACCCUGAUGGUGAACCAGAGCCUGGUGCUUGGCUUCCUGUGCCUGCUGCACCCAGAGGGCCCCCGGGCACUGGGCGAGGGUAGCUGGCACAGCCUGCUCUUCAUGGGCUACCUGCUGGCAAUACUGCUGCUGGGAGCUCUACAGCACCUCUUGGUGGACAUGGCCGCUCUGACCUUCUCUCCGCUGGCUGCAGCGCUACUCCACACGGCACACGGAUUAACAAGACCGUUGUACGGCCUGUUGUAGAUGAUCCAACAUGGAGGAGGAUGAAGUUGACUCUAGAGACAAUUCAGAAGUCAGUUGCCUCCCUCAAAUCAAAUUGCAUUUGUCACAUACACAUGGUUAGCAGAUGUUAAUGCGAGUGUCGCAAAAUGCUUGUGCUUCUGGUUCCGACAGUGCAGUAAUAUCUAACAAUUCCCCAACAUCUACCUAAUACACACAAAUCUAAAAAGGGUUGAAUGACAAUAUGUACAUAUGGAUGAGCGAUGGCUGACUGGCAUAGGCAAGGUGCAAUAGAUGGUAUAAAAUACAGUAUAUACAGCUGAGGUGGGAGACUCUGUCCAUAGGACAACAAUCAGUCGUAUAUUGCACAAAUCUGGCCUUUAUGGAAGAGUGGCAAGAAAAAAGCCAUUUCUUAAAGAUAUCCAUAAAAAGUGUUGUUUAAAGUUUGCCACAAGCCACCUGGGAGACACACCAAACACGUGGAAGAAGGUGCUCUGGUCAGAUGAAACCAAAAUUGAACUUUUUUGCAACAAUGCAAAACGUUAUGUUUGGCGUAAAAGCAACACAGCUCAUCACCCUGAACACACCAUACCCACUGUCAAACAUGGUGGUGGCAGCAUCAUGGUUUGGGCCUGCUUUUCUUCAGCAGGGACAGGGAAGAUGGUUAAAAUUGAUGGGAAGAUGGAUGGAGCCAAAUACAGGACCAUUCUGGAAGAAAACCUGAUGGAGUCUGCAAAAGACCUGAGACUGGGACGGAGAUUUGUCUUCCAACAAGACAAUGAUCCAAAACAUAAAGCAAAAUCUACAAUGGAAUGGUUCAAAAAUAAACAUAUCCAGGUGUUAGAAUGGCCAAGUCAAAGUCCAGACCUGAAUCCAAUCGAGAAUCUGUGGAAAGAACUGAAAACUGCUGUUCACAAACGCUCUCCAUCCAACCUCACUGAGCUUGAGCUGUUUUGCAAGGAGGAAUGGGAAAAAAUUUCAGUUUCUCGAUGUGCAAAACUGAUAGAGACAUACCCCAAGCGACUUACAGCUGUAAUCGCAGCAAAAGGUGGCGCUACAAAGUAUUAACUUAAGGGGGCUGAAUAAUUUUGCAC